CAAUGCUGCAUUUACUAAAGCAAGUGGCUUGGAAAUUCACUGCGAUGUCGCUGUUCCCAGACCACCCUCCCUGUGUUGGACUAGCUCUGUGAAGCUGUGCAGCGCUCAGACAGCGCUGAUGGCAGAUCGGGGCACGUGGACUGUGCCAGAGGAAAAGGCGAGAUCACCUGUUUGGGAAAUCUAGAACAACAGCGGACAAAAAGGAAGGAGGGACAGGCAGGUGGAAGCUUAGGACACUCUCCGCUGAGCUGCAUGGAGGCACAGGGAGGGGCGGGGAGCCCAGAGCCCAAUAAAGACAUCCAGAAGCUGCUGAAGCCCUCCAGCUCAGGCGACCUGUCCAAGGAGCUGUUUCAGCACCCAUUAGCAGAGGAGGAGGGCAGCUUGUCAGGGCACACUGCUAGCCUGCUGCACAUCAACGAGAAGAGACAACCGUUGAGCAGUGUCUCUUCUUUAGAGGUGCACUUUGACCUCUUGGAUCUCACUGAACUUACCGAUAUGUCUGACCAGGAGCUAGCUGAAGUUUUCGCUGACUCUGAUGAGGAAAACCACAAUGAGUCCCCAGCAGGUUCCCAUCACCCUGCGCUUCCCAGAGGUGGGUACAUGCGCUCCCCCUCGUGGACACGAUGCAGCAAAGUUGAGCCUCCACGAGAGAGAAAGCACCACAGUGACUCAGACACCACAGAGCCCUUAAUGAAGCUGGAAAGGCCAAAGCAACCAUGAUCUCUGACAUGAACCAACCAGCCUGCAGAGAGGAAAACAAAACCCAGAGCCAGACAUACAGCCAGAGCAGUCACACAAAGCGGACCAAGAUGCCUCGUUCUGCCACCGUGCUCUCACAUAAUCUUACAUGGUGCUGGCGAGUUCAGGCUGAACUCUGGACACUGUGCUCUCUACUCUAACUAAAGAUGCUGAGAUGUGCAAUGUGCACACUUUCUUCUCUCCCCGUCCCAUUCUCUCCCACACUCACAAACACACGCAAUCAUUGUGUUGCUCAAGCAAAAGGUUCUUAGUACACUUUGAGCUACCAGAUUAUAAUCUUUGUUUAUUGGUUGACAGACAGGGUAUUAGGUCAGCAGAAUAAUAGCACUUUUAUCUGUGAAACCUCUCAGCAUGGGCUUGCACAGUGAGAUUGAUCAGGACAUAACCACAGUGUUAGGUUAGACUUCACGUGAAGCUCAGAUGACAGUGAGCUUCACUCUCAAUUACAAAGUCAUAAGAUAAAUCAUAAAUCAGGCAUUUUUUUUUCCUAAAUGAAACAUCACAUCGAUCUCUUAUUGAGGCUUAUUCUGUAACACCUCGAAGUAAGUUAAGUGAAGCAGGGGAUGUUGGUUUCUGCAAGGCUCAGCUCUAUCCACCACUUUUUCUCAAUCGUAAUGAAGAAUGUGUGCUGUUGUUUUAAAUGCCUAAAUAAAAAUAAUGCACUUCUUCACUGAACUGUAUAUACAGUGCCCUGCAGAAUUAUUGGCAUUUGGUGCAGAUGAUUCACAAAGAUAAACAGACCAAGUAGCAGCUAUAUGCUAUGUACUUUUCCACACCCAACUUUGUGUUUGCAAAAUUUGCUCACUUUAUCAUUAUGAAUAGAUUAUCUGCCACAAUUGCUGCUACUAGCAUUAAGGAAUCCAAAGUUAGCAAAAAAACAAAACAAAGUUACACUGAAACAAUAUGGGGUAAAACUUAAAGCAGUUAAAAAAAAAAAAAGGUCAAAUCUCACUAUAGGCAGAUUCAUGCAAAACAAAGUGCCAACAAUUUUAUAACUCAAAUCUCCCAAAAGGUGAAUUUAACUCCUGAUGCAAUAUUUCUUAUUAUUUUCAGUAAAGGGAAUAGCUGAUUACUUGAUUUAUUUGUCGCAUAUUCAGCUUGUCUAUACCAAGAGUGCCAAUAAUUCUGAAUGCUGUGACACAGUGGAUUCAAAGUGACACUGGGAUGGUAGAAGAAAAAAAUAAAAUGAAAACAGUGUAAGUUA